AGAGGACGGUGGGACCGGUAGCUGCGCUUCAGACCUGAGUUCUUCAGUUUAUCCAGAAGCGCCGCUGGGUGCGGGCACUUCUGCUCUUCUGCAUGUUUUCAGUAAGGUGUAUCGCCCUCAGAAGUUACUGUGCAGGUUUAUUUUUGUUUGAUCCUGGUUUCCACGCGUGUCUCUUAAUGCCUCCCAAUGGAGAUAAAAGCACCUGUCAGAAGAUACGAAACAAGAAAUAAGGCAGCAGGAACAGAGCUGUCGUCUUCCAAAUCCCGGGUCGAUUGGAGGCGUACUAAAAGGGAACUCAUACUACUUGACAGCAGUGACGAAUCCUCAGCUACCUCUGAGGAGGAGGAGCCUACCACAUCAGAAAGUGAAACAGAUGAAAAGGAUGAAACUUUCAUUAAGAGCAGUCUUUCAGAUCGGGAAGAAAAAGGCCACAAUGCAGAAGGAACAGAUGAUGGGGAGGAUGAGUGCAUUGUGCCUGGGAAGCGUAAGAGGUCAAACACCUCUGUCUUGUAUGACAGUGAUGAAAGUCAGGACAGUGACGUACUGGUUAGAAGAGUUUUUGCUAAGCGCCGCUGUAUAAUGGAUGAGGAUGACAGUUCCGAAGAACAGCAACCUGAUAAAACGUGCCCUACAGAGAAUGUUUCUACUAGUAGGAAACAGAAAGUGUUUGCAAAACUGAAAGAACUUGCAAGAAAAAGUGCAGCUCGGAGAUCUUGCAGCAGUGCAAAUUGGGAGGAUUCUAAUAGUGAAGCAGAAAUAGAAGAGGAACCGCUUUGUCACUUGCCCCUCACACCAACAGAAGGUAGUGAAACUGAGAGUGGCAGCAUGGAAGAUUUUAUAGUAGAGGAAGAUGAAGAUGAUGAUAACGAUGAUGACAACAACAUAGAGCGCGUAAAGAGUGAAAAUCAGCCACAACAAAAGCAACUAAAUACAUCAAAUAGCGAGUUGCUGUCAUACUACAUCCCACAGUUACCUCGCUGUGAUCAUUAUGUACACUUCAAAAGAAUAGUAAAGGCUUUCCUCAUAAAUGCAAUUGAUGACACUUUUCUGAGCUCAUUAUAUGAUGGAACAAGACAAAAGAAGUAUGCACAAGAUAUGUUGCUCUCACUUCAUUAUUUGGACGACCGCUUCAUUCAGCCUCGGCUUGAGAACUUAAUCGCUAGAAGUCGCUGGAAAGAUCGAUACAAGGAGCGUGUGGAUUGUUACCCAGAUGUUCGCAUAAUCCUGAAAAAUCCAAAAACUAUGUCUUGUCAGGCCUGUGAAUUGAAGCGGUAUUGUAAGUUUAAAGUGUUGCUCUCUGGACAGCUUUAUAAUAGUAAAACUUUGGAAGUGGAUGACUUCAUGUCAAAUGACAAGCAGGUUUUGAAGGUUGGCUUGGUGUGUGCAAAUCGGACAAGAAUUUAUCACAAUUUGAAGCACUUCAAGUACAAGUUGUAUGUGGAUUGCAGCUCUGUUGCCGAAUUGAAUGGUGUUGAGGAUGAACCAGUCAAAGACACUGUAGAACGGCUUUUCAGCCACUUGGAAGAGAGUGGGUGGAUUCAGAAGAGAUACAAUGAUCUUGAAGAUUGCAUGGAUGAUGCAGACAGUUUUCAAGAAGAGAAAAUUGAUUAAGUGAUCAUAUAGCUCUUUGAAAGACAUCUUAUAAAAAUUUGAAUGGCCUGCUUUAUCUGCAUGCACUUUAUCUCUGCUUGGACUUCAAGAUUCUAUUUAGGCUACACCGAAAUUCAUAUAUGCCUUUAAACUGCUGUUUGAUAAUGUGUUGUAUCUUUUUUCCUCAUCUGUGUCAAUAAUAACCCAAAGGUUUACCAAAUCAGUCCUCCAGUCUUACUGCAUAAAUCAUUUUAAGUUUCCUUCUGUUCUUAGAAAUAACAGCUCAAUAUCUAUUUACUCGUGAAAUAAAACUUCCACCUAUGUAUAUUGAGCUGUAUAGUAGGAAAGGUAGGAGAUGCUGAGAUCUUUUGAAAUAAGUGUGUUUGGAAAGGUAAGGCUAUGUUAUACAAGAACUUAUGACUGCAUCUUACCUUCCUUAUUGCUCACUAUAUGCAAGUAGGUCCAGCCAGUUAGAAUGAUAGUUACAAUAAACAGAGCCCAAAUGCAAAGAUCUAUUUCUCCUCUGAGGAAUCAGUAUAGACAGUUGCAAGGCAACAGAGGAAAUAUUCUGCGGUCCUGACUACAUUUGCAGCACAGUAGUCAUUCCUCUCUUGAGAGAGUAGGUGAUGAGUCAUAUUAUAGGCGUCAUACAGACUGAGUCUGGCUUAGCCAUCUAAAUGAACACAUGGGCCCUCAUUGCUGUCUCUGAUAAGCAGCUGGGGCAAUUUACUCAGAUUUUAAACAUCAAAUUAUGUUGUGCAAACAUAA